UUCGCUCGAUUGCUCACUGAUGAUCAUUUCAAAAGAACUGGACUCUGUUGAGUGGAUUCAAAGGAAAGAUGAAGACCCCAAAAGGGUGUCCUGAGCUGAUGCUGCUGAUUUUAAGCGUUACCAGUCACGUGCUAUCACAGACAUCCAAUGGCCGUCAGUCAGUGUACAUAGAGAGCCUUGGUAUCAACAUCACCGGAAAUGCUAUAGAAGACCAGAUUGCCAUCACGAAAGCGCUCAGAGAUCUGAACAUUACUUUGGCUGAAUUAUUACAUUUACUUCCGGACAUCGAUAAGUGGACAUUCCUGAACAAUUCAGUAACCCCCACCCCAAAGGACGAUACAGGGGAUGGCGCUGUGGUCGGUUGGGGAGUUAUCAUUCCUGUUCUCUUGAUUGUCGUGUUCCUGGUAACAGUGACAAUCUGCUUGCUUUGGCACACGUGGAUCAAUCGCAGACGAACAUCCCACUCUACCGAGAAAACUCCUGACAAUGACAAAAUUUCUAAGCGUUUUAAAAGAAGCAGCAAGAAUACUUCAGACUUUGUACGCGGAUCCACAAGGUCUACCACGCCACUUCGAUCGAGUGUUAUGGAGAACGUCCACGUUACAGCCCUACAACACCAGAACGCUGACAAAUUCACAUUUGUGUGGGACAAAGACAACUGGAGAUUGUGUCCUCCAGAAUCACGACUUCAGAGGUCUGACCUCAACAACAAUACCCUUCGCCAACACUUAUCGCCUAUUGACGAAAGCGAAACCUCCAUUGCCAACGUCUCAAGAUCAUACAACCUUAGCGCUCAUCCUCCGUACUCGCCUUAUCACUUGACGUACAUUCAUGCACCUCCGCCCUCUUAUGAAGAAUCAGAAGUGAGUUCUUUAGGGAAAAGCAUUCCAAUGCAUUCCCUGCAAACUACAAAUACCACACAAAGUGAAGAGUCUUGCAGUGCUUGUAUGAAGCAAGGUAAAUCACUUACAAUGAGCUCGCCCUUCCAUCCACAUUACAAUACGCCAACGACGGAAUGUGGUUUAGAUGAACCGUCAAACAUUAAAUUUAACUCAGCAGCAACCACAAACUUAUCCCAAUACACUAGCUACCCGUCCUCACCAAUGUCGUCAUCUGCAGGAAGUCUUACCGCUUCAAACAUUGACACGGGACCGGAAGCUUCCCUGAUGAUAUCGUACCCUGAACCAGCGUGUCCUCCGUCCUCUCUGCAGAGCGAUUUUGCUCCAUCGGCAAAUCAAACGCCAGAAGGAGUCAGUCAAAACGGAAGUGACUUCAGUGGAGGAGUACCAAGCCUCCCGAGCAGCAUCCUGUAUUACCAUCAACAAAUGACAGGAGAUAAUAGUCUAAAACCUUUCGGGAAAACUCCAAAUUUUUCUCCUCACGCUUUCCAGGGAAGUGCCGGAAGUAGUCUGAUAUCUGCUGACACCCACUACGAGGACAAUACCUCAUUGUUACCAAACGUCGGGAGCAGCAACACGUCAGAAAACCCGACUGGUUCUCUUCAGUUCCACACGAAUUUGUCCCUGAAUCCGUCCCUUCCUCUCUCCAACUCAGUGAUGCCAUCCUUGCAGAAUUCUCUGAAUCCUUCGAUUCAGUUUGCUACAUCGUUUAAUCCAUCCAUCCAAUACUUCAACACCCUGAAUCCUUCGCUUCAGUAUGCUAACUUUGCGUCCAGUCAGAAUAUCAGUGCGGAAGAUUUGUCAAAAAUGGUUGAUGAAAUGUCCUCAAUUCGCCCUUUCCCACCCGAAGAAACCGAGAGUCGUGGUGGUAUCGUGCACAGCGUCAUAGGAUACGAAGGGACUGUCGGACAGAGUUAUGUAGCUGACAUAUGCGCCCCGCAGUCAGGGAGUGAAGCGGAUAAUAACUUCCACCAAAGUAUCACAGAGUUGUUCAAGAGCUGGAGUGUUACUGCUGAACUGGAUUACAGUUCUUUAAGUUCCCACACUACUUCACAGAGAGCAGACCCAACUGCAGCUUUUGAUCACCAAUCAGAACACAGCUCUUAUUGUACGUCACAACCCGCAGACAUGUCAUCAGUCUGGGAACAGCAGCAGGGUAGAAGGAAAGAAGGAGAUAGGAUUUCAGAUGAUUUAAGCAGACAGCAUGUGCAGCUAAAUCACCUACCCGUGCCUGGUAGACGAGUUAAGUUUGAUGUCCCAAUCCUUGUCAAUAAAACAUACUGGGUAUAAAAUCAUUAAUUGUGAAGCUCCCCAAGUAGCGCACAAAACCAUUGCUGACUCAAUUUCGGAAUCAUGUUGUAAAUUAAAGUUUACAUGGUUGGUAACGUGUGGAAAAGAAAUUGCAUUGUUUUGUAAUGUACAGAAAAUGUAAAGAAAUCUUUUUAAAAAAAAUAUCAGGGACUAUGAAGCUUUUUCUUUUCAAUACAUGUAAAAUAAAUAACCGGCAGGUAAUACAUAUUUCCUGGAUUUUU